GUAUGUACAUUCAACAGUUCGUUUAUUAUCCUUUUCCCAUAAUGAAAUUCAUCAGUCUAGUACUACAUCCUCUCAAUUUCUGAUACACAUUAUCUCGUUGUUUUACUGAAGAGAAUUAUGCAUUCUUUGGUUUCCUAAUUGUAUAUCUUCUUUUGUUCUCAUUUCUGCAGUGAUUGUAAAGGAAACACCGUUGGAUCUCUUGGUUUUGCUUUUGUGCCCUUUGAUUUCCCUUCUUGUUGUCAACAUCUUUGAGCUUUUAAGCGUCUCUCUUAUUUUCUUCAACACCAAAUAAAAAUAAAAAUAAAAAUGAUAUCAAAAGGAAGAGCUAGCACUUACUCUGCUCUCACUCUGCUCCCACUCUGUUUCCUUGUAUUUUUCAUUUUUUCUGUUCUUUCUGCAGUGGAUUUCUUGGCUUACCUUUUUGUCAUUUGAUUCGAUUUUUUUUUUUUUUUUUUUUGGAUUCUACUCAGAUUGAAUUUUUUUUUCUUUUAUAUUGAAAAUCAAAAAAUAUAAAAAUAAAAAUAAAAAAUAAAAAGAUUUGGAUUACUUUGCUCGUGAAGCUCCUAUCAAUGUAUAACACAGGAGAUUGUACUGCUAGGCAAAUGUGGGCUGUAUUGCUCAGAUCGGUGUAGCUGCAAUUGCUGAAAAAUUGCUGAUUGCACGGUUGGAGCAAUUGGUCGUCAGUUGGGUUAUAUCUUCCAAUUCAAAAGCAACAUAAGCAACCUGCAAACAGAAACUCACAAUUUGGGUCUUGAAGAACAGAAGAUGAAGGAGUUGGUGGAUGAUGCCAUAAGAAAAGGUCAUGCAAUUUUUGAAAUUACCAAGAACUGGCAAAAGGAUGCAGAAGGGAUAAGUAAACAAGCCAAAGAGAUUUUAGAAGAUGAAAACCAUGCAAACACAGGGUGGUGUACUUUCAGAGGGUUGUUGCUUCUGAAUUUUGUGCCACGGUAUGGACUAAGUAAGAAAGCCAAGAAGAUGGGCGUGUCUGUUGUUAAAAUCAAAGGCGAGGUCAACUUUGAAAACAUUUCUCACCGUCCCCAUCUGCAAAGUGAUUUUACAAACAAAUAUUACAUAAACUUCGACUCAAGAAGUGAAAUUGUGGAUGGAAUAUUAGAGGCGUUGGGAGAUGGCAACACCAGAAUGAUCGGGGUGCAUGGGAUGCCAGGUACAGGCAAAACCACGCUUGUUAAAGAAGUUUCAAGAAUGGCCUUGGAGCUAGAAUUAUUCAGUGAAGCGGUUCUGGUUCCUGUUUCAAAUACUCCAGAUGUCAAAAAUAUCCAAAAAGCAAUUGCAGAAAGACUAGAUCUACAACUUGAUAUGGAAACCAUACCUGAAAGAGCACUUCUGCUGCGAAAUAGAUCGCAGCAGGAAAAGAUGUUGUUGAUAAUUCUAGAUGAUGUUUGGAAAGAACUCAACCUCAAAGAUGUUGGAAUAGUUUUUGACGGUGAUCAGAAAGGAUGUAAGAUAUUGUUUACGUCAAGAUUCGAACGAGUGUUGCAAACUAACAUGGGUGUUGAUAAGAUUUUCAAAGUUGGACUUCUAGAAGAGGCUGAAGCAUUGAACCGGUUCAGCGCUAUAGUGGCUCAAACGGUUGAAAAAGUACUCAGAAUGUGCAGAUCUGGUAAAUGAUAUUGUUGAAGAAUGUGCACGUCUUCCAAUUACCAUUGAAACAAUUGCAUGUGCAUUGAAAGAUCGAAGACAAGAUAUUUGGUAGGAUGUCUUGAACCAACUGAAGAACUCAAAACCGAUCAGAUAUCAAUAGUGAAGUGAAUGAAAAAGUGUUCAAUAGCAUCGAAUUAUGUUAUAAUUAUGUACACAAGAACGAAGCAAAGUUACUACUUUUGCUUUGUAGUUUGUUCGGAGAAGAUGUAAGUAUACAAAUAGAGAAUUUGAUAAGAUGUUGCUUGCGCCGGGGGAUAUUAAAAAAUAUACAUAAAUUGCAAGACGCUAGAGUUAAAGUGCAUAGUUUGAUCAAUGAUCUAAAAGAUCGUGCACUGUUGUUGGAUGGUGAAUAUCACCAUUCAGUUACAAUGCACGAUAUUAUUCGUGACGUUGCCAUAUCAAUUGCAAGAAAAAGUCAUAUCUAUUGUUUUACAAAUUAUUCUGAAGUACGAUAGCUUGAAAGAGAAGUUCUUGAAAAAUCAAAGGCGAUUUUACUACAUAAUUGUUAUGUAGCCGAGCUACUUCGUGAAGGGUUAGAAUAUAAACAGCUUGAGUUAAUUUGGAAGAGGCAAAGCGAAACUUCCCAAAUCCCAGAGAAAUUUUUUGAAAUCACAAAAAAUCUUAAGAGUUCUGCAUCUGGGAUCUGAUGAACGUUUAGAAAAAGUACCUUUAUCUUUACGUUCUUUGUGAAAUCUCCAAGUUCUACCUCUGGGUUCUCAUGAACAUUUAGAAAAAUUAUCUUCAUCUUUAUAUUCUCUGGGAAAUCUCCGCAUAUUGAUUUUGCGUUGCCAGAAUGUGGAAGACAUAUCUAUGAUUGGAGAGAUCAAAAACUUGGAAAUUCUUGAUCUUUUAGGGUAUGGUAUUGAGAAAAUCUGAAACCCAAAGAAAGAAAAGAAAUGAAAAAGAAAAACAGAGAAGAGAGAGAGAGAGAAGAAAGAACUCUGUUUAGUUUUCUGGAAACUUCGAUUCAACUAUUUUCAUUAGUUAUAUUGAUAUUUAUACAAGAGACAAAACUAUAUAU